GAACAUUUCAGCUUGCAGUCCCUCCAUGGCCAAGCGCGGCUCCAAGCUCCUUGCAUUGGCUUUGCCCAUUCUGGUUGGCAGGUCUUUUUUUGCAGUGGAUGAGAUACCGCGAACGACCCCAAGCGGACACAAGUACACGCAGAACGCCUUGCAAACAUCCUCGUGGAGAACGCCAAACAAAGACGGGAAGCUCGGAACAUCUUUGUGCCGAACGUCUUGUUGCCACUCAUCCCCGUGAAUGGCACGCAGUUUCAGCAAUUGAUGAGCAAUGUGCUAUCGGACACGGCCUUGACCGGAGUCACUGCGGUUUAUGCUGAACCUGGCGUGGGCAAGUCUGUUGCUGUGGCUUUGGCCAUGCUUGGAUGGGCCAAAGACAACCCACAGUGCAUCACUGUUUUGGCCAGGCAGGAUUUGGCGCGUCUCAAGGAUUUCUUCAAUGUAGCAGACAUAAGCUUUGUGCCACGUGUUGCAGAACUCAUUUUUCCAAUCUUGUCUGACGCUGGAGUUCGCUUGCAGCUGAUUUUGGACGACAUCUUUGACGACGAACUGGGUGAAGAUGGGAAGAUGUUGAUGAACCUCGCUUGUGCAGCGCACAGAUACGGGCAGGUCAUCGUAGUUACGCAAUCUGAAAGAAUUGCGAAUAAAGUAGCCUGUCUCAAUGGAGCGCGAACACGACUAGCCCCGCAGCAGGAGAAUGUGAGCCAGUACAGAUGGAAUGAGGUGCAGGCACGCCAACUCCUGUUGUAUUUGAAUGCAACAGAGAAGGUUAAGAAUUCCAGCAAGCCCCGCAAAGCGAGGUGGUGGAGAUGGUCGCGCGCAGUGCUGCAAACACGGGUAGAGACCCAACUUGAGAAAGCAGUACAGAAAACCAAAGCCGAGUUCAGAGAGGACGAGCUCCUGAUCUCGAAGGCUUUGGAAAGUGCAAGUCUGCCUGAUGGCGGCUGGAAACCAACGGACAUCAUAGAGUUCCUGCUUUCAGGCAAGAAGCCGGUUACAGCCAUUGCAGGCAUGGGACUGUACGGAAAGGCGCUGCUUCAGCACCUCCAGCUGUUUGGGUCCGUCAGCUCCAGCCAAGCAAGGAUGGCAAGGACUUUGAGAUCGUCGGCAACGCGUUUCAGGUCAAAGGUGGUUUGACAAACGUGGAUGACUUGAAGAAGGCAAUCGACCCUUCCUUCUCUCCGUUCCAAUCAUCCAAGAUUGACAUUUACAGCCAGAAGGAUGGCCGCUGGGUCAGAGAAGAUGAAGAAGCAGCAGUCAAGUGCGGCAGAUCCAAGGCAGACUGCUACGGAUUCAUGCUACCAGCUGGAGCUGCUGGAGCCGCAUAGUUUGAGGCUACUGCUAGCUGUGGUCACUUGCUAUUCUCGGCUGAGGCAAUGCUGGGGCACAACGUUUCACCUCGUGCAGUGACAAAGGGUGCAGUCGCAGGC